AAAGAAUAAUGGCUCUCAUUCAAGAAUUAUAUAGAAUGGCAAUUCUUUACAUCGCUGUAUAUAAACCCCGGCAGACCCUAGGAACAUAUCAUUGGACUCUGUACCUUGAAGAAGGGGACUCUCACUUGGUGUUUCAAGUUGUCAGAAACCCGGGUCAAUUUCAGUACCAAGAACUCUCCAGCCGCCCAGAAAAUACCGAUCGCCAUGUUGAGAAUAUCUUUGUGGCGGAUAUCGUGCGGUAG